UUUGAGCACAUGCAGAAGAGUUCAAGCUGAAGCGCUUACAGUCAGCCUGGUUAUGUUCAAGUACUGAAUGAAUAUGCUUUUCUGAGUGUGUCACCUGCAUUAGAAGUCGAUUCAGGAUUUAAGAGUGAGAGACAUGGCUCCAAAAAAGGCCAAAGGAGAUGAUGCACCAAAGCCACCACCGCUGAUUGGAAGGUUUGGAACUUCUCUGAAGAUAGGGAUUGUCGGUUUGCCCAAUGUUGGGAAGUCAACCUUUUUCAACGUGCUGACAAAGAGUCAGGCUGCAGCAGAAAAUUUCCCCUUCUGCACCAUUGACCCAAAUGAAAGCAGAGUGCCCAUUCCAGAUGAACGCUAUGAUUUCCUCUGCCAAUUCCACAAACCUCCCAGUAAAAUCCCAGCAUUUCUCAAUGUUGUGGACAUUGCUGGUCUGGUGAAAGGUGCCCAUGUUGGCCAAGGCCUGGGAAAUGCCUUCCUAUCCCACAUCAGCGCCUGCGAUGGCAUCUUCCACCUGACACGGGCUUUUGAGGAUGAGGAUAUCAUCCAUGUGGAGGGGACUGUGGACCCUGUUCGAGAUAUGGAGAUCAUCCAUGAGGAGCUGAGGCUGAAGGAUGUGGAGAUGAUCGUCCCCAUUAUCGACAAGCUGGAGAAGACGGCCAUUAGAGGCGGUGACAAGAAACUCAAACCAGAAUAUGACGUUAUGUGCAAAGUAAAGAGCUGGGUUGUGGAUGAAAAGAAGCAUGUUCGUUACUAUCAUGACUGGAACGAUAAGGAGAUUGAAGUGUUGAACAAAUACUUGUUUUUGACAUCCAAACCAAUGAUCUACCUCGUUAAUCUGUCUGAGAAAGACUACAUAAGGAGGAAGAACAAAUGGCUGGUGAAAAUCAAGGAGUGGGUGGACAGUCACGACCCCGGAGCCUUGGUCAUCCCCUUCAGCGGCAACCUGGAGAGUCGACUACAGGACAUUAACGAAGAAGAGAGACAGAAAUACUGCAAAGAGCACAAGACGCAGAGUGCCCUAAGCAAGAUCAUCAAGGCUGGCUACGCAGCCCUGCAGCUUGAGUACUUCUUCACCGCUGGCCCAGAUGAGGUUCGCGCCUGGACCAUCCGGAAAGGAACUAAGGCUCCACAGGCUGCGGGGAAGAUCCACACGGACUUCGAGAGGGGCUUCAUUAUGGCAGAAGUAAUGAAAUUCCAGGAUUUUAAAGAAGAGGGCAGCGAGAGCGCUGUCAAGGCAGCUGGGAAAUACCGACAGCAAGGAAGAAACUACACGGUUGAGGAUGGAGACAUCAUCUUUUUCAAAUUCAAUGCACCAAACGCACCAAAGAAAAAGUGACUUAGGAGGAAUAUUGUUGUUUACACAGCUGACUUUAUUUUUUUCAUUAUUUUUGGCAAUGGAUAUACAAAUGUGAACAAAGUGCCACAGAGUAUUCACACCCCUUCAUUUUUUCCAAAUUUCACAAUGUAACGGGUUUAUUCUGAAACUGUUAAUUUAUUUAUUUAUUUAUUUAUUUUUUUUACAAGAUAACUAGCCUAUAAAGAGAAAGAAAAAUGAAAAACCUGUUAAGUAUGUAUGUAGUCACACCUUUUUAAUUUUUCACUGUUUCUUAUAUAUUUCUGAAACUUGACAGGUUUUUUCCCUUAUGGAAAUUUAAAAUUAUGGAACUUAAAACUGCAGAGGAAUACAAAAAUAUAUCUACCAAAUAUCCUGAAAAGUACUUUUGUCUGCAGAACCCUAUGUAGAUUUAAAUGAUGGUGCGGAUUGAUCAGGAUCAAUGGUCAGUUAGUAUAUUCUUUUCAGUAAAGAACCAUCCAGAAGGUUGCCUUUUGCUAGCACUAUUUGUGAGUCAGAUCUCUAUGGCAGCAGGGGAAGCACCAGAAGCUGCUCACUAAAACACAAUUGGUGGCCGGCUUGAAUUUUGCAAAAACAUAUCCUAUAUUUUUAGGGCUAAUAAUCUUCAUAAUUUAGAAGCUUUUGUGCUGGAACUCACUGCAGUCUCUCUUGUCAAGCAUGGUGAUAGCAACAUCAUGCUAGGGCAGUGUUAUUUAACUAAGGGGAUUGGUAGAUACUCUUAGUAGGUGUUCCAAGCUCGUAAGGAACGACCCAAGAACACUUAUGUCUCGCCAAAGAUGCUAUAAUGAAUUAUAUCGAGCCAUGGAUGUGUUACAUUAAUAAUUUUCACAUCCCACUAAAAAGCUUUUUUGAUAUUACAGAGUUCUGUUCAUAAAUAUGUGUGAUGGCAAAUCCUCAGAUGUAUUUUAGAAAAAGUAACACAAAAUGGAGAAAAAACAAAGGGGUGUGAAUAAUUUCUGGUGGUAGUGUGAAGGAUCCAGAGCAAAAUAUGCUUCUAUUAACUCUGACAGUCUUUCUGUUUGAGAUCGGGAUUGAGGAUCACAGCAGCAUUUUAAGGAGCAUAUCACUCCCCUGUUACUUCAUUAAUCUCCAUCACAGAUGCCAGCAGUGACACGGCUGACAGAGGAGACAAUACCACCUGCUCUGCUCUCCCUCCUGCAGAUAAUGCAUGUUUUACAGUAGGCCAGAUGUCUACACUCAAUAAAACAUUUGACAAAAAAACAGCCUGUGUGUGUUCAGGGAUGUCUGUAUUGAGUAGAGAGCUGCAUGGGCACAGUGAUAGUGGUCCUGCAGACCACUGAUUAGAGAAUUAAAAGACACAGCUGACAUUGACUGUAGUGUAGAGGGGACAAUUAUAAUUAAGUCAGUUAAGUGAUGCUGAUUUCCGAAGGGCACAUGGAGGAUGCAGGUGUGUUUUGCCAAAGGGAAGUGGUCAUUUUGAGUUCUAUUUUUCCAAACAGAUUGAGUUAACCUUUCAUUGAAUGUUUUCUCCCCUGAAUCUAAAGCUAGACUAAAGCAUAAGUUAACCAAACAGCUGAUAUUUAAGGCUCCAAGGCCAGCAGGUUGAGCCCUAAGAGGGACUUGAUCUUAACACUGAAAACACAAAUUUUACUUAAGUCGAAGACACAACCCUACUUUAUAAACGGCUCCUUUGAUGGCUGAAUUAUAAAUUGUAUUUAAACGCAAUUUUUUUUAUUAACUAUUGGAAUUGAAAUGACAUUUUUUUUUUCAAAAUGUCAAAUUCAAUUCAGUUCAUGUUUUUUCUACAGCAUAAAUGUACAACAUAUGAUACCUCAAGGCUUAACAUAUACCCGUCUUUGAAGGUUGAGGAUUUUAAACAAAUAUUCAUGACAAAAUGACAUUAAAAAAAGAAUAAUAUGUUUUUGAUCUAUUUUUGUUGUCACUGGUUUGGAAAGUUCAUUUUUAAUUCUACUUAUUUUUUAACAUUAUUUUC